AAAUAAGUUUGGUGAGUUUGUUAAUCUCAACUCCAAAAGCUGCAGUGUGAUCAUUUCUCCAAUCCACAAAAUCCAUACUUCCUCCUUGAAGACGUGACCAUGAAAUACUUGUUUGUCUUAAUUUUCUCCCAGCUAAUUUAUGGACAGGAUGAACUCGAAAGCAUGAGAGAAGGGGAUUCAAAAGAGAAACUAUACUCUGACCUUUUCGCGACAUAUAGCAAAGACAAUUACCCCGACAACGUAACCAUCACUUUCGGCUUGGUUUUACGAGGCGUCCAGUUUGAUACCUCUCAUCACAUUAUGAUUACAAAUGUGUGGCUACGCAUGAUCUGGACUGAUGACCGAUUCGUUUGGGAUAAUCCUAACCCUAAAUCAUUGAGAGUUCCGUCAGACUUAGUUUGGACCCCGGAUAUUUCUUUGUAUAACGGGGUCAGCGUGGCUAUGGAUUGUUGUCCCCGGUCGAGGAACAAUGUGAUAAUAUUCCCAAAUGGAGAGGUUGACUGGCUGUUGAGUUGUCGAUUAGAGUCGUUUUGCCAUUUAACUCUUGACACUAAUGGGCCCUACGAAGAACAAGAGUGCGCACUGCACUUUGGGAGUUUGACCUACAACUCAGAAACAAUGGGGCUCGAGUUGUAUGACAAUAUCACAACGAUAGACACUUAUCAUUUUCACUCGCAAAAAUAUAAAGUUGUCAAAAAUGCUGCUGUCUGCGAAGAACGGUUUCACAAUUGGAGUGAGGACAAAUAUGCCAGCGUCAAGGUUACGCUAGGAUUUAAGCGCAUAGAGAAAGUCUGUGAGAAGGAUUAAGUGAAAUUAAAUAUGUAUGUGAAGUGUAUCUAUGUAAUAAAUAAUAUAGUUUGCUAUGUUUCUGACUUUCUGACUAGUUAGUAUUACAUACUUAUGGCAAAUUUUUGCAAAAAAUUGAAUGUCAUUGUCCACACUCGAAGCUGGAAUCUCUUGAGUUAGCCUCAAGCCUUACUUACCUUGGACUACGACGACGUUCUACACAUAAGAAACUUAAGAAAAUAUAAUGGACAUUCCCGUGUAUCUAUCUUUAAUUGUACUUCUUUAAUUUUAUCUUUUACUGUUUAUAUAAUUUACACAAUUUAUUCUACAUAAUCAAUUUAGAUUGGCAGAAAUUACAAUAAAAUAUUAACAUGAAUUACUAA